AUGGUCGCUGACUACAAGGUCGGAUGGAUAUGUGCGCUCCCGAAAGAACAGACUGCGGCGGUUGCCAUGUUGGACGUGCGCCACGCGAGCCUGUCUAAGUCGACUACUGAUUACAAUACCUACACUCUAGGCUCGAUCGGCGACCAUGACAUCGUGAUAGCCUGCCUGCCGAAGGGCAAGUACGGCACGACCUCGGCCGCAACGGUAGCGACGCGUAUGUUGAGCACAUUUCCAGCCAUCAGAUUUGGUCUCAUGGUGGGCAUUGGCGGCGGUAUUCCGCCCAAGGUCAGGCUCGGAGAUGUGGUUGUCAGCGUGCCGACCGAUCAAUACCCGGGGGUUGUGCAGUGGGACAUGGGCAAAGCAGAGCAAGGUGGCACGUUCAGGCGGACUGGGGCCUUAAACAACCCGCCGACUUCGUUGCUGACUGCUUUGACAAUACUCGAAACGGAACAGGCGAUGAAUGGGUCAAGGAUCCCAGAAUUCCUCGAUGAGUUGGCGCGAAAAUACCCGCGAUUGACGAAUGAUUAUCUGAAGUCGGAGUCUUUAAAGGACAUUCUGUUCAAGGCGGCUUGUCAUCAUGCCAAUGGUCAUGGCAAGCCAGACAACCACGGCGCAGAUGGAAGCGAGGCAAACGAGAAUAAAGAGGACGAAUAUGAUCAAGAAGCGGAAGAGGAUUGCCGACACUGCGAUCCAACACAGAUUAUCAAACGAAAGCCGCGGGAUAUGAAGAUCCACUAUGGACUCAUUGCAUCUGGCGACCAGGUCAUCAAAGAUGCUGCACGCCGAAGAAGGCUUGUCAAAGAACUUGGCGGUAGUGUCUUGUGUGUCGAGACGGAGGCUGCAGGAUUGGUGGACAACUUUCCGUGUAUUGUUGUCCGCGGAAUUUGUGCGUAUGCAGAUUCGCACAAGAACAAAGCCUGGCAGGAGCAUGCUGCCGCGGUGGCGGCUGCUUUCACGAAAGAGCUGCUAGGGUAUGUGACAGUGGGCGAAGUGGAGGGAGAGAAGACAGUCAAAGACAUACUUUCAAGUUGUUAG